AUGUUUCUGCAGUUUUUCUCUGAUGGCGGCUACUUAAUUCUUCCAGAAGCCAGCUCUCCUCUCCCUCUUUCUCUUUUCCUGCUCUGCUCCUGCUCUCCGUUUCGUCUCGCUCCCUCUCUCCUGUUGUCCCUCUACCACACAGAACUCACUCUCCAGUCAGAUCGAUCUACAAACCCCUUCUGUACUGCUCUCUCGUGCCACGAACGGAGAAGGGAAAAAAAUCACUCCUUUAUCACCAGCCGUCGACUAGCUUUCAUCAGCUCCAGAGUUGAAGCGUUCGAGAUAAUGGCCUCUUCGUCCUCGAACGUUGUCGGUGUGCACUACCGCGUAGGCAAGAAGAUCGGAGAGGGAUCUUUCGGUGUCAUCUUUGAGGGAACAAACUUGCUAAAUAACCAGCAUGUUGCGAUCAAGUUUGAACCGAGAAAGAGUGAUGCUCCCCAGCUUAGGGAUGAAUACAGAACUUACAAGAUACUUGUUGGCUGCCCGGGAAUACCUAAUGUUUAUUACUUCGGCCAAGAGGGCCUUCACAACAUACUCGUAAUUGAUUUGCUGGGCCCCAGUUUGGAGGAUCUUUUCGACCACUGCAACAGAAGAUUCUCGAUCAAAACGGUCGUAAUGGUGGCUAAACAAAUGUUGUCACGAGUGCAAACAAUCCACGAAAAGAACUUGAUCUACCGGGAUAUCAAGCCUGACAACUUUCUUAUUGGGAGACCUGGAUCGAAAGCGGCAAACGUUAUCCACGUAGUUGAUUUCGGUAUGGCCAAACAAUACAGGGACCCCAAGACAAAGCAACAUAUCCCAUACAGAGAACGUAAGAGUCUUUCUGGUACUGCUCGAUACAUGAGUAUCAAUACACACUUGGGAAGGGAACAGUCGCGACGAGAUGACUUAGAAGCAUUGGGACAUGUUUUCAUGUACUUUUUGCGAGGCGGACUGCCUUGGCAGGGGCUGAAGGCUGCGACCAAUAAACAGAAGUACGAGAAAAUUGGUGAAAAGAAACAGACGACUGCGAUCAAAGAUCUUUGCGAGGGUUUCCCAGAUGAGUUCAACCAAUACUUGACCUACGUGAGGAACCUCGGAUUCGAGGACACGCCCGACUACGACUUGCUUCGUGAGCUAUUCACGCAAGCGUUGAAGAAUACGGGAGAAGUUGAGGAUGGAGAGUACGAUUGGAUGAAGCUUAACAACGCCCACAACCAGGCUCAUGCCACAACAACUGGUGAACUGCGACAUGUUCCUCCUGCUCAGGUUCGCCAGCCCGCUCAAUUGACACCCGGCCGUUUAAACGCCCCGCAUCCCCCGCCACCAUCGCCAGGAAAACCGAUGGGUCAGACGCGCGGCGACAGGCAAAACGCACAAGGCGUGCCGCCAACCAAACGACCGAGCGGACCUGCGGGGGGCUUAACAGCAAAACAAGCAUCAACGCCAACAGCGAGUACGCAAGCCCAGUUCCAGGCGUCGAACCCGACUUUGCAACCGGCAGCGAGAAACCAGUCGCCCCAGGUUGUGAGCCAGUCACCUCAACCGAGAAACAGUCAGCAGGAGCCAACUAAGAAAACUUUCAUGCAAAAGCUCUCUUCUGUUUUUUGCUGUGGUUGA